CGGAUUGCCCUGGUUUUUCUGCCCUGGCUCCUAUGCCCGAAAGAAAAUGUUGUGUGUUGUGUUGUGAAAAUGAUGAUUUUCCUAUGAUGGCGAUAUAGUUUUAAUCAAACAAAGUGCAUAAAUUGUGCAGGCAAACAUGUUUAUUGAGUGAGGAGUAAGGGGAACCAAGCACUUACCGUGCGAAGCGAAUGCGCUUUGUGCGCCUUCCUUUUGCACUUGCGUAUGUGUGUGUGUGUGUAUAAUGGACAAGUUAAAAAACAACAACAAGGAAAAUGCAUCAAUUGAAUACCCGACCACCUACCCGACCACAAUUGAUGGCGAGGAUGUGGAGAGCAACAAGAGCACACCGUACUUCACACCCAUGGAAUUUUUGCAAACAUCCUUUGAGUUCCCAUCGCCCACAACCGAAACAACAACGCAAUCGCCAGGGGGUGUUGUUGUCGCCCCCACCACCGCCACACUCACCGCAGAAGCACUCGACCACGAUAUAGAGGACUCGACACGCCCCUAUACGCCCAAGCAGUUCACCAUCGCCCACGCCAAUGCACCCCACCACGGCAGCAUCCAGUCACCCACAUUGAAUCGAAAGUUCAAGCGUUUCUCGCUAUACGAUCGACGAUCCUGCUCACCGCACAUUGCCAGCAGCACAGAGGAGCGCCGGACAGGCACCACCGACAAGGAGAACACGAUUCCAAAGUCCAGCGACGAACUGGAGAAUAGUCUGUAUCUGUCCAAGAGCGAGCACAACUCACCCACAAUUAUAUUUAGAGAUGAAUCCGCGUCGACGCCCGGCGGCCUUGAGGCGAGUCGCCUCACCUAUUCACCCAAGCUGCUAUCGUCCAUCAACAAUCUGAAUCUGUCCGGCCAUGGCUCCCCCUUGAACAUCAUCAAUUCGGCUGGCUACAAGAACGGCAACUUCUUUCGCUUCCCAGAGAUCGAUCAUCAUGUCGUGCAGGAGCCUCCCAUCGAUGCAGUACAUAUUGAGGAGGCGGCGGCCCAGAUGCAGCGCUUCAGGGGCAGGGAGUCACUGGCCGCCGAGCUGGCACGUGCGGAUGCUGGACCCCAGGAUCAGCAGAGGGCCGAGGGGCGGAAGAAUCGCAAGAACAAGAAUAAUCUCACCAUUCGGAUCACAGAUGUGCCCAUCAAACACGCUGGUGGGCAGGUAUCGCCGCUGCCCAAACCAAAGACGCCCACCAUCAAGAGCACCAAGGAGAAGGCCCGCUCCCUGGACUCGGCGGCCAACGAGACGGAGCUGUCGAUUGUGGUGCACAACAUAACCGAAUCUCAUGGCAGCUGCGAGGACAUGCUGGACAGCCAAAACAAGCCCUUGGCCCCCGGUGGCAUACACAUCCAUCAUACACAUCUGCAGCAGCCCACAGUCUCCUCCGCCGGCAUACACUCGACAUCGCUCUCACGUCUCGACAACAGUCACAGUGCCCGUCGCACGCCGCGCCGCAAGUCGCCGGGCAUCGACAAUCCGAACUGGUUGAUGUACCAUCGCAAGCAGAAUCCAUAUCACGGCAGCAGCAGCACGGCCCAGAGCUCCCUGGACUCGGAAAUGAGCCUCAGUGACUCGCCCCAGCGCAGUGCCGCCGAGCUGAAGUCCGCCUGCAGCGUGGACAGCAGCUCCAAGUUUGGCCUGGGCGCCACUCUGGCACCACGCAGCGCCCACAAGCAUAACCAGCUGCUGCACUCGUCCAGCACCAAUCUGAAGACCUUGCCCGAGUGCCUCACCCUGGUGGAGUUCUCCUCCGGUGGCGGUGGCGGUGGCGGCGGCGGCAGCUCCUCCGCCAAGGAGUCGCCCUUCAAGCAAAAGUCCAUGGACUUGCCGAUGCCCAAUCUGCAGGCCAAGACGACGGUGUCCACCUCAUCGAUGAAUCUCCUACAGCGACGUGGCUCGAACCACAGUCUCACGCUCAAUCUGCACAGCUCGUGCGGCAACCUGAUGAACAGCGGCCUCAGCAUCUCCAACUACAGCCUCGGCUCCAUACUCAACUCCAAGUCCAGCUGCAACCUGGAUGCUGGUGGCGGCAUCACCAGCGCAGCCAAUCAGCUAGCAAGUGUCAGUCAGCACCAGACGCCCCAGCACCUUGCCAGCAGCAGCCAGGGCAAUCGUCAGGGCCUAUUCCGCAGGCGGGGAUCCACGCACAGCAUCACCCUGAAGGGACACACCACCACCUCGUGCGGCGACCUGCAGCAGCAGCAGCAGGCGAUGCUGAAUGCCGAGAAGUACAACCGAUUGAGCAUGCGAACCAAUUCCACGGGCUCCGGGUCCGGAUCGAAUGUGCCCACACCCAAGCGCGGCCUGCUGGAGCGUCGCGGCUCCAAUCAGAGUCUCACCCUCAAUAUGGGCAGCAUUCUCGGUGUGGGCGGCGGCGAGCUGCCCGUCCCGGAUGUGGGUGUGGGUGUGGGUGGACAGCAGCCCAAGGUGACUGUCUGCAGCUGUGCCGCCUCCAGCCAGGCCCAGCACCAGCGGAAGUUCUUCAGCACCGAGAAUCUGAACAGCAACAAUAAGCAGAGCAAGCACUUCUUUGGUCAGGUGUGCUUCGGCUCAGCCUCUGACCUGCAGCCCAAUCCGGUGCAGGGUCCGGCCAGUACGGAGCAGGGCAUUGCCUGCACCUGCGCCGGCACGGUGCGCAACAUCAUGACACGGCCCCUCUCGCCGCAGACGACCAGCGAGGAGUUCAAGAUCUACUUGGCCAGCAUCCAGAUGCUGCAGAGUGCCUCCAAUCCACUGAACCAGUUCGAUCUGAUCCGCCUCAAUCACGUGUUCGAUCACAGCUACAAGACCAACAAGAACAUCAUUGAACAGCCGCCGGUUUUGGGCUCAAAUAUCCGCGAUGCAGAGAUGGAGACACUUACCAAUCAGCUGCCACCUAGCUCCGAGGAUAGCGAGCUGCUCGCUUGCUAUCAGGCGGUGGUCAAGCGGAUUGUGCAGUCUAUGCCGCAGCUGGAGGAGGCCGAGCAGAAGCGCAUCUUUUGCGAUCUGCACAAGGAGUUCUGGGAUCUGCCGCUCAACCAUCAGGAGAAGCCCAUGGUCUUUGGUUCCCAGACGAAGAAUCGCUACAAGACGAUUCUGCCCAACGAGCAUUCCCGUGUGCUCCUCGAGCCAGAGGCCAGCGAGCUACUCAGCCUGGAGCAGCAGCAGCAUCAGCAGCAGGAGAGAACUCUUGCUGUGUCCGCGAACGAGGAUGCGCCCUACAUAAAUGCCAAUUAUAUCAAGGGACCCGACUACGUGUCCAAGUGCUAUGUGGCCACGCAAGGUCCGCUGCCCAACACCAUCUACGAGUUCUGGCUGAUGAUCUACCAGAAUACGCAGCGCUACAUCCGCCGCUGCGUGGACGGGGGCAGCAGCAGCAGUCCGCACAUGGAGAGGUCGCAGAUAUUGCAGCAGUACUUUCAGAAGAUCGUGAUGCUCACCAACUUCACGGAGGCGAAUCGACAGAAGUGCGCCAUUUACUUUCCCAUCGAUCUCAAUGAGAUAUUCGCUGUGGCCGCCAAGUGCGAGGUGUUCCGGCUGAGUGCGGCUGCCCGGGCAUACUUUGAUCAGCAUCUGAUGCCCAUAUCUGUGCCGGACACUGCGAUGGCAGCGUCGCCAAUCAGUGAGCUCGAAGAUCUGAGCCAUCAGCACAUUGGCGUCGAGUCGUUGAGGGUGACAGUGGACCGAGAACUGCUGGAAAGUCUGCCGGGGCAGAGCAACUUCUUUCUGGUGAAGAACGUGGGCAUUGUGCGGCGAAACGGAUACUCGGUGCGAAAGUUUGUGGUGCUCUACUGCAUCCAUGUGCCGCAGACGGCUAGCUAUCAUCUGCAGAAGAUCUGCUGCUAUCACUACUGGUAUCCGGACUGGCCCGAUCACCAUUCGCCGCGGGACAUCAAUACGCUGCUGGACACUUGUCUGCAUGUCCUGAAUCUGGGCAAAUGCGAGUCGGAGUUCGACAACUACGACGAGAGUCGAAGCGUGCGCAAUGCCCAUCUGAUGGCUCAGCGUCUGGACAUCUAUAAGCAGGACAUUUUCAAUGCCGUGCAGCCCUUGCCGGUUAUCCACUGCUCGGCUGGCAUCGGGCGGACUGGCUGCUUCACGGCCAUACUGAAUGCCGUGCGACAGCUGCGUCAGUCGCUGGCCUACUCCCUCACCGGCAUGCUAACCAAAGCACUGAAUGUGGCUGAGUUUGAGCUCAACUCGGAGGCGCAUCACGACGACAGCGACAGCAGCUUCACGUGCAACACCAUACGGCAUAUUAGGCAGAUAAUUGACCACCAGGGGGUGCCGCCCACCUUCGACAAGCUACCCAAGAUGCCAGACAUCUUUGUGGACGUGCUGGGCAUUGUGUGCAAUCUACGCUUGCAGCGCGGCGGCAUGGUACAGAAUUCGGAGCAAUACGAGCUAAUACAUCGGGCCAUUUGUCUCUACCUGAAGCGAACGCUGGCCCUGAGGCGGUUCUAAGAACCCAAAAAACACAAAACCAAUUAAUAAUUAUAGUACUACACCCCCACCCGCGCCCCAAUGUUGACGACUACGAUAUAAACGGAUUAAAUAUGAAUAUGAAGAUAUGCGGAUACAGAAGGAAGGAAUGGAAGAACAAACACCAAUUUACUAUUUGUAAAAGAAACAUUUUGUGACCCUUAUUUUAAUGUAAUCAAUCAACAAAUCGACAAAGUAGAAGAACAAAUCAGAGAAGAUGAACAAAUAACCAUGGCUAAACGAGUCUCGAAACACACACACUUGCAACUUACAUGGAAGGGGGCGGCACUGGCAACACCGGCACCGGCACCCUGGAAAUGUUUGCUAAAUAUUACUAUUACCACAUAUUCUACCAUAUAUAUAAUGCAUAUACUUAUUAUAUAUAUAUAUAAAUGUUUAUUAAGUGUUUGGAUGUAUGUGUCUGUUAAAUGUGUCCUGUGUGCAUGUAUGUAUGUACAUAAAUAAGUGUAAAUGUUUUCAACUUUUGGUGUGAACUAUGCUUAAAAAACUAAACUAAACUAAAGUUAAUUAAUUAACAAUUAUUAUUAUAUUACCCUUAUCCUUACAGCCCCCAUCCCUUACCUUUAUCGUAAAUCCCUCCCUCUCCUUGCCCAACCCAACUUUACAGAACUCCUCGAAUUGUGCGUGUGUGCGGCGGGCCCCCGAUCCAACUGUGAGCUGGCUACCCAUGUUUGGGGGCGAAGAAAGCUCACACCUUUUUCAAGUUGGCCUCCCCCCUCCAAAGGGGGGGUACCUUCUGACUAAACACCAAAUUUCUUCAAGCCCAAACUGUUAGUUCUACAGUCGGAUUGUGGGGCCACCACCCACCCCGCGCAUCCAACCACACAUCAACCAUCGCGCUCAGAGUUCGUCGAAAAAACAAUUUUGAAAACAGAACGCGAAUAGUGGAAAAACCAAAACCAUAAAUGAACUUGUAUUACUGUUUAUGCAAUGGAACUAGUCAAAUAAACCCUAGAAACAUUUUAAAUGUCUCUUUAAAU